AUGUCCUUCCUCCACUCCUACAUGAACAAGAAGGUGCUCAUCAUCACGGCCGACUCGAGAAUCCUGGUGGGCAACCUGGUGGCCUCCGACAACAACACAAACCUCGCCCUCAGCGACGCCCACGAACGAGUCAUCCAGACGCCAGACGCCGACGAGCCCUCGGUCGAAGUCCCCCUCGGCCUCUACAUGGUCCGCGGCGACAACGUGUGCACCAUCGGCCUCGUCGACGAACAGCUCGACGGCUCGAUCAACUGGACCGAAGUCAAGGGCUCAGCCAUCGGGGGGAUAAAACACGUCUAG